GCCUCUAUCUCCAGUGUAAGAGUAUAUGCCAUCACUCCUGUUUAUACAGUGCUGGGAAUUGAACCCAGGGCCUUAUGUCUAAUUCAGGGAAUUUAGGGCAGAAUACUCUUGAGUUUCCUGUUCCGGGCCAUUAUUAAGGAUUCCAUCUACAUGCUGAAUUGUGAAUUUUUUUUCUCCUGUAUCUAAGAUCAUUUCUACCUUGUUUUCUCCUUCACUACUCUAUCCGACUCUCUCCUUGGGUUUCAAGGGUCCCUGUAAGAAGUGGCAGCCAGCACUUCCAUCUCAUUCUCUCUUUCAUCCAGAUCACCCACCAAGAUGGGUGUCUUAUUGUACAUAGCAACAGCCAUGCAACUGCCAUCAUGAAUCGCUGGCAGUCUCAUCCUAAGCAUGCUUUCUCAAGGACUACAGUGUGUUCUCUGCUUCUUCAGCUGACUUCAGGCCACCGUAAUACUUGCACAGCAGACCCCACAGUUUGUUUCAUUAACUUUCUUUCCCUGGGAAGACCUGAUCAAACAUCUGCCUACCACAGGUGGGACGCCAACCUCUGAUGAUCCACCCAAGUACCGGCUGGUGAGCCAGUUGACCUACCAAAGAGAUUUCUAGAUAAAAACAGGGGAAGCGUGCUAGACUCAAGGAUGAUGGAUCCAUGUUCAGUUGGAGUCCAGCUUCGGACCACACAUGACUGCCAUAAAACCUUCUAUACUCGGCACACAGGUUUCAAGACUUUGCAAGAACUGUCAUCAAAUGACAUGCUUUUACUUCAGCUUAGGACUGGAAUGACACUUUCUGGGAAUAAUACAAUUUGUUUGCAUCAUGUGAAAAUUUAUAUCGACAGAUUUGAGGAGUUACAGAAGUCAUGUUGUGACCCAUUUAACAUACACAAAAAGCUAGCCAAAAAGAAUCUGCAUGUAAUUGACUUAGAUGAUGCCACGUUUCUUAGUGCAAAGUUUGGAAGACAGCUGGUACCUGGUUGGAAGCUUUGCCCCAAAUGUACCCAGAUCAUCAAUGGAAGUGUGGAUGUUGAUUCAGAUGACCGCCAGAGAAGGAAACCUGAAUCAGAUGGAAGAACUGCUAAGGCUCUGAGGUCACUGCAGUUCACAAACCCGGGAAAGCAAACUGAAUUUGCUCCAGAAAGUGGAAAAAGGGAGAAAAGGAAGCUUACCAAGAACUCGAGCGCUGCCUCUGACAGACAGAUUAUUCCAGCAAAGAGUAAAGUCUACGACAGCCAGGGUCUGCUCAUUUUCAGUGGCAUGGACCUCUGCGACUGCCUUGAUGAGGACUGCUUGGGAUGCUUCUACGCCUGUCCCACCUGCGGGUCCACCAAAUGUGGAGCUGAGUGCCGCUGUGACCGCAAGUGGCUGUAUGAGCAAAUAGAGAUUGAAGGAGGAGAGAUAAUCCAUAAUAAACAUGCUGGCAAAGCAUGUGGUCUAUUAUCUCCCUGUCACCCAUAUGAUAUUUUACAAAAGUGAUCACCCAAAUAACUGGCCAGCAAAGACGAAAGUGCAACAAAGAAGUGAGCAGUGACCGUUCUGGAAUUAAAUUUGGAUCAGUCGUAAAUGGAAUUGUAGAAGGCAUCGCUGGUAACGGGAGUAUUGAUAUCAUUGCUGGUCGGGGGACAGAUGUGCAUCAGAGGAACCUGGUGAUGGAAAGUUACCCAUAUCUCUGAGGAAAGUGGCUAUGGUGAGCAGGAAGAUUGUGCCAGCAAAGUGAUGGUGAAAACUUCACAUUCAAGGCUGUUUAUUGUAAAUAGAUAUCUCACAACUUUGAAUGUUCAGAAAGGUUCCUAUUUAAUGUUAACCAAACAAGCAAUCACUGUUCAGACUAAUUUGGGGCAAUAAAAUAAAACUCCAGUUCUUAAUACAUAAACUUUACUUUUCUUGUCCAUUUGUAGCUACAACAUUUUUUUUGAUGGGUAUUUAAAGGGUCGUAUAGGAAUCCUCAUUCCCCUUGGUUAUUAGCAUUUCUUUGGUGGUGUGGCCCUACACUGUUGUGCAGAUAGGCCCAGCCCUUAGCUGAGAACAGGGCCUGUAACACAAAAUUGCUCCAUGCAACAGAGUAGUUGAAUGUUAGGCUGUUUUGAAAAUAACCUAGAUGCCUAAGUGCUAAAAUACAGUUCUUCCAACUAGAGAUGAACACAAAUGCUCAUUACACUAUCUGUUUUUCACUUUUUAAUUUAUGCAUUCUUGAUGAAAAUUUGUUCCUGGGGAAAAAUUCUUUCCUCUUUUUACAUGUAAAGCAUGAGUACAGUCCAUAAAUGAGUGAACAUUUGUCAUGGUCGCUGUUCCAUUACUGUGAAGAGACACCAUGACCAAGACAACUCCUAUAACAGAAAGCAGUUUCAGAGGCUUAAUGUAUUAUCAUGGCAGAGAGUGGUGAUAUACAGACAGAUGUUGGAACAGCAUCUCAGACCUUUGCAUUGUUAUCCACAGGCAGAGAAAGAGACAGACUGGGCCUGGUCUGGGCUUUUGAAACC